AUGAAAACUGUUGACUUUUUGGUAUUUGAUGUUGGUGGACAACGAUCGGAAAGGAAAAAAUGGAUCCACUGCUUUGAGAAUGUAAAUUCCAUCAUUUUUAUUACAGCAAUUAGCGAAUUUGAUCAAGUUUUGUUCGAAGAUGAGGCUACGAACCGAAUGUUAGAAUCAAUGCGCCUCUUCGAAAGUAUUUGCAAUUCUAGAUGGUUCAUAAAUACUUCAAUGAUUGUUUUUCUCAACAAGACUGAUUUAUUUAUCGAAAAAAUUAAAAGGAAAACAAUUAAAGUUUGCUUCAAUGAUUAUAAAGGUAAAGAGGAUUUUUGA